UCCAAUUUCUUUUCCAUUAGUGUCAUACUUAACUCAAUUCAAUGAAUUUAACCCAAUACUUAUCUUUUACUAAUUUCCACACUCAAUAAUCUCUCACUCCAUAUAACUACAACAUACAAUUCAACAAAUAUAACUCCUUCUGUGCCCCCCGAAAAUGGCAACCAACAGAUCUGAAUCCACCGGAGAUUCCGAUUCCAACGGCGAUCGCCGGAAAGUGGCUUUGAUCACCGGCAUUACCGGCCAAGACGGUUCCUAUUUAACCGAAUUCCUUCUCAACAAAGGCUACGAAGUGCACGGACUAAUCCGUAGAUCUUCCAACUUCAACACGCAGCGUGUUAAUCACAUUUACAUAGAUCCUCACAACGUGCACAAAGCACGUAUGAAAUUGCACUAUGCCGAUCUCACCGACGCCUCUUCUCUCCGCCGUUGGAUUGAUACAAUUCAACCUGAUGAGGUGUACAACCUCGCCGCGCAGUCGCAUGUUGCUGUUUCGUUUGAGAUUCCCGAUUAUACGGCGGAUGUCGUCGCGACUGGUGCGUUGAGGUUGUUGGAGGCGGUUAGAUCGCAUAUUUCGGCGACUGGUAGGUCCCACAUUAGGUAUUAUCAAGCUGGAUCGUCAGAGAUGUUCGGAUCCACUCCGCCCCCGCAGGCGGAGACGACGCCGUUUCAUCCGAGAUCUCCGUAUGCUGUUUCGAAAUGUGCUGCUCACUACUACACUGUUAAUUACCGUGAAGCGUAUGGUAUUUUUGCUUGUAAUGGGAUUUUGUUUAAUCAUGAAUCGCCUAGGAGGGGGGAGAAUUUUGUGACUAGGAAGAUUACGAGGGCGGUAGGACGGAUUAAGAUAGGGUUACAGAGUAAGUUGUUUUUGGGGAACUUGCAGGCGUCUAGGGAUUGGGGCUUUGCUGGGGAUUAUGUAGAAGCAAUGUGGAUGAUGCUGCAGCAGGAUAAGCCGGAUGAUUAUGUGGUGGCUACCGAGGAGUCACACACGGUGGAGGAGUUUUUGGAGGUGGCAUUUGGUUAUGUUGGAUUGAAUUGGUCGGAUCAUGUGGUGAUCGAUAAGAGGUAUUUUAGGCCUGCUGAAGUGGAUAAUUUGAAGGGAGAUUCGAGCAAGGCGAGGAAGGUAUUGGGAUGGAAGCCGAAAGUUGGAUUCAAAGAACUGGUGAAGAUGAUGGUGGAUGAGGAUGUUGAGUUGGCGAAAAGGGAGAAGGUUCUUGUUGAUGCUGGCUACAUGGAUGCGCAACAACAGCCUUGAUGAACACAUUAAUAAGCUUUCAUAUGCAGAAAAAACGUUUCAUUAGUAAGGUGAAGGACACAACACACUUGUGGGAGGUUGUUCAUGCGAAUGACAAGAAAAAGAUGUAUAUCCUCUCGUGUUGUCUACCAAGCCGAUGUUAAUGCAGUCAAUGGGGAAGCAUCUCCUGGUAUGUCUCUAAAUCAGACUUGUUUAAAGUCUACCAAAACCUGAUUAUAACUUCUUUUUUAGGCAGUGAUUGUUUAAGCCCAUUUAAUCCACAAACUGCGUAAGAAAGUGGAGCAUAGCAUUGGUGAAUUUCUUGAUGGCUGUUGCCUACUUUACCUAGCUUGCCAAACUGCUGAUAUUGGUAUGGUAGAGCAGUGAAGCUGCUUCUGCAGCCAUGGUGCCAGCAUAAAUGAUUGUGAAUUGUGAUUAACGAGGUCAGACCCCGCUGCAUCAUACUUCUUACACUGCAUGAAGUAUGACUGUUUCUCUAUGAGGUCUGAUUAAAAGUUCGCGAACAAAGCAAUGUCUGGAUAUUCACAAAAUUUUCUAGGAAGUAGAGGUUAAUAGGAUGUUGCACAUUUAUAUCUGUUGAAGUCAUUUGGAGCCCGCAGCUAUUUCGCUGGUAUUCGAAACAUUCAUAUCUUGCGUACUUCAGGGGAGUGCUUUAGUGGGUAACUCCGCCUAUCUCAUGGGUAGUUGGACAUCUGAUCCCAACUUUAGUUUAGUUUAUCAAGCUACCUCUGUGCAAAUUAGUUGCACAGACUUGAGAAGAAAAGAAGCUGUGAGGGUAGGGCCCCUUGGAAGAAUAGAACCAGGAAUCCCAUGCAAUGUUACAACAACAUACCCAACGUAUUCUCACACAGUGGAAGUCUUGGGAGGGUAGAGUGUACACAGUCCGUACCACUACCCCAAAGAUGAGGUAGAGUGGUUGUUUCCAAUAGUCCCUCGGUUCAAGACAAAAUACAAUCUAGGAAAAAGAUUUAAAGGAAUACAAAUGACAAUGAGUAACAAAACAACAGAGUUGCGCUUCCAACUCUUUGGUGAGUGAUUCUUGGCUCGAAUUUUGAGAGGUUAUUUAUAUGUUUUUUGAUCAAUAAUGAACUUAAUUCUGAUUACGUUUGAACAAUCAGACUAACAAUCUAGAUCAUCUUGUCAUGUGUAAUCAACUACAGCUGUAUCAUUUGUAUAGUUUAAAUCAAUCUUGUUUUGACCUAUAGGAUUUCGUUUGAACCACACAAUGAUGAUCUUAAAGGCAACACCCCUUGUCACAGCUGUAUCAUUUGUAUAGUUUAAAUCAAUCUUCUUGCCCUUCUAAAGGAGCUAACAGAUAACAGCAGUACUAAAGUCGCUCGGAGCUAGAGUUUCCACGCCCCAAAAAAGCAACGAAGGUUUAAGUUACCAGGAUAAACAGCUUGCUCAGUCGAGGUUGUUCAUUCUAACGAAAGGAGAUUUUAGCAUGUGCAUGCAGCAUGGAAUGAAAGCUAUUGUUUACUAGUUUCUUUGGGUUAGCAAAGUGAAGCCAAGAAAUGAUGUAAACACAGUUUUAGUGAGUAUAUUUAGGAGUACCUAUUACAUAGUACAUGUAUAGUAAAUUAGAUUGAGGUGGCAGUCAAAUGUUGAUCAAUUAUUAGUAUCUGUUCUGGUUUCUAAUCUUCCAUAGAAAGAUAUCUUUUUUGCUUUUUUUACGAUUCUCAGAGGUAUUAAAUUUUGGUAGCUUCAUGUUAUAGGAAAGAAUAAAAGAAACUUUAUCAGUGACUUGGUACAA